UACCCAAGUGGAUGAAUGAUUGGAUUGUUUCUUGUGGGAAUAAGUCGUUGAGGGAAAAAUACUUUUUGUCUCAAGCUGUUGAUAGUGUGAAUACAAUUAUCGUGUUGUGAUUGUUGGAAAACUCAACGCAACAUUUCAUGCCUUCUACUAAGAACAAGGUUCCCGACACUCGUUCGGGAAUGGGCGAUCCUAACCAACCUUUGGGUAUUGUAGACACUGUCAAGUCGGAAGAGUUUUCUCAAGGUCCUCUUUCGUUGUUGGUAGAUUGUGUGAAAGAUGGUACUCCGGUGUUAAUCAAUGUCAGAAAUAGCAAAAAGUUGCUUGGAAAAGUAAAGGCGUUUGAUCGUCAUUUCAAUAUGAUUCUUGAAAAUGUGAAAGAAAUAUGGACAGAGAUACCCAAAAGUAAGAAAGCUAGGCCAGUAAAUAAGGAUAGGUUUAUUCCUAAAAUGUUUCUGCGUGGUGAUUCGGUGGUUUUGGUAUUGAAAGCACCUCAAUAAAGAACCUUACAAAGAUUUUGAGUUGCGACUCAUUAUAUAAAA